AUGAACACACUUGUCUCACCUCCGCGGAACGGCCGCCUCCCGCAGCCUGUUCAGGCCCACGAUGGGCGAGGUGCCCUGCCUCGCCGCUUCACCACGGAUUCGGGGCGUGUACCAACAUUGUCUUCAAUCACCGGUCAGCGCGGCCCUGACCUUGGUGGCCCUGAUUAUAACAACACUUUCCACAAAGUUCAAUUGAUUGAGAAGAAAAAGAUCGAAUAUGAGAGACUACGCGAGCAGAGGCGUCGCUUCGAGAUGGAGAUGCAGAAGCUGGAGCAGGCCCAGCGCCGCGAGGAGAUGGAGCUUGCGAAGAUGCAAGACGACCUCCGUCAGGGCCACCAGUCGGAGCCUACGACGCCCCCCGAAUACCACGAAUCGUCUGGCUUCCCCACGAUGUUCUCGCGUCCUAACCGCUACUCGACUUCGAGCUUGACUUCGCCUCCUGGUCUCUUCAACCGCCCCGGGCGCUCGGGCUCACAGCUCACUUCGCCGCACUCCACGGUGAUGCAGUCCCGCUUCACCUUUGACGACCAUCUGCCUUCCCGAUCCGUGCCCGGAUCUCGCAGAAACAGCGAUGAGGAUGAGAAGGAGGAGGCAGUUCGCCAAGAUCCGACUAGUCAUCGAUCUUCCAACGCGUAA